AUGUUGCGCAAAACACGUUUCGUCUGUGUCUCCGAUACCCAUGGCUAUACGCCAAUGGAAGCAGGGUUCAAGAUUCCGGCAGGAGACGUAUUGAUACACGCGGGGGACUUGACUAACAAGGGAAGCUUGACCGAGCUGCGUCGAACGAUGGAUUGGAUAUCAAACACCGACUUUGAAAUUAAAAUUAUCGUGGCUGGGAACCACGACGUUUCCUUAGAUCCCGAGUUUUAUGCGAAACACGGGCAGGAAUUUCACAGCUCACACCUCGAGGAUCCGGUGAAAUGUCUCGAAAUCGUCACAAACGCAGCGCCUUCAGUCAUCUAUCUCCGACAUCAGGCCGCAGUGAUCAACCUGACUCACGAAAAUGGUCCAAAUACCACUUUUAAACUAUUUGGGUCUCCAUACUCACAAUUUGAUGGAAACUGGGCAUUCGGAUAUGAUAAUGACAAGGAUACAAGCGCCCUUUGGGACCAGAUCCCUAUAGAUAGUGAUAUUAUAGUGACGCAUACGCCGCCAUAUUCUCACUGUGACCAAAAGCCAACGGGUAGAAAUCACGGCUGCGAUGCGCUUCGCCAGACCCUGAGCCGCAUCAGGCCACUGUUAGCUCUUUGCGGCCACGUGCAUGAAGGUCGAGGUUACGAACGGGUUUGUUGGCAAUCGCGAACACUUGAUGUCGCAGAUGCAGAUAUUGAUAACAACGACAUCACUCGUGGGGUUUUGCCGCCGCCGGGCAGCAAGAAACAAGCCCUGAUUGACUUAACAGGUAAACGAGAGAAAAGAUUGGAUAACACUGGUUACUCUGCCUUGUCGCGGCCUUCCACGUUGAAUCCUGAGACCAAGACGUCGAUGACACCGUCUCUCUCGCUCAGAUCAGCUGCGAAGGAGACAUUGAAUCAGGCUCCGAGCUUGAGCGCAGCUAGCCAUGAACAUGAACAUGAACAUGGGUAUAGUACUAGGACUAGUACUAGUGGUAGGGCGGACAGCCCUGCAUUGCAAAUGCAAACGCUCAGAAGGGAGACUUGCAUCGUCAAUUCCGCCAUCUUGGCGACAAGCUGGCCUCACCAGGGAGGUAAGCGAUUCAAUACACCUAUCGUGAUUGAUCUAGAGCUCCCAGUACGACAAGACGACCACGCGUCCACAUCACGAUUCAAGUGA